AUGACCUCGCAGCGCAAAAGCGAUUCCGAGUAUGCUGAUACGUUGGGCGGUAGGCUUGGAGAGGAUAAGUCGACGCGGAGCCAGACACGUCUACCUACUCAAAACGACGAAGAGAGACUAUUGCCCGGCAAUACCAUACGGUCCGACCCUGCUGCGGUAAAGAUUGUACCUGGAAGUGCGGGGCAAAAGUAUGGUCGCAAGAGUAAAUUGAACAUCCAAGCGUUCAAACCUUACGAUACAAUUUCACGGCGUGUUCGAGAGAGUGGACCAGUUCGCGCGCGAGGGAAAGCAGAUCAGAGCAGCAGCAGUCAAAGAAGUACUAGAGGUAUCGUCACCCGUCCAGAAAAUGGUGCCGUACACGACGAUCAGGAGCGGCCGUCGAAACGUCGGCGCCGAGAGAGCCAGGACACUUUUCGAGGGGUCAUAAGCAUUCCCGACGAUGAUAUCAUGGAGCAAAUUCCCCCAGACAACACAUAUCUCAGUGGACACUCAACCCGUUUAUCGCCUGCACUUAGUCAACAUUCAGAUAGAACAAAACUACGGGAUCCGAGUUCUAAACGCAAUAGAGUUGAUGAGUAUCGUGACGUGGAGAGGGGCAUUAAACCCCCUCGAACUCCCAAGCGAGGCUCUAUAAAGUACACUCAAUUAUUUUCGGAUGAAUACUAUGAAGAGCGAUUUACUGAAGAUGCAGCCAGAGAAAGACGUGCAAUGGCGUCAGACGUGGAACCGGAGUCAGCCAAAUUGGCGUGGCCAGAUCGAGCGGGGAAACAUGAAGCCAUCGAGAGUGUUGAGGUACAUUCGCCUCCGUCGAAAGAACAACAAGAUGGUCCGAAUCUCGAUUGUCCUUCCGUUGCGACAGAUCAGAAUCAUCCGGACAGUUCGAGGGACAGCCCUGAUGAACUGCAAGGAGGCGCAACCGUCCAACCAGCACCCAUGUUACUGAAAAGAGGCCGUGAAAAGGAAACCAGCAAUUCUAUGUCUGAACCCAAAGAGCAUCCGGGUGCAAGAUUGCUGCACGGGCAACAUGUUCAGCUGUUGUACAGACGCGACGAUUGGUUGGAAAAUUCAUUCAUGAGACGAUCCGAAGAUCUCGCGGAAAAGAAAGCGAAGGAAGCCAAGCAUCUUGGUGAAGACAAGCCAAAAUCAAUAUCGUACAGGGCGCCGGAAGUCGCUAAGCGGGUGAAACUGUCGGACUCUUUGCAAGACACUUAUGAGAAUACUGCCGGACAAAUACAGCCUUCGGAUACCGCUUCGGUGGAAUGUUCCAAAUCAGCAACAGAAACUCUAGGAAACUUGAUCGCCCCAAGCACACGAGAACUACCCUCAAAUGAACAGGUAGCGGACAAAGGUUCUGUGAAGAAACUUUUCCCCGGAUCAUCAUUCUCUAAUCGGGCAACACGGUCAAUGUCGCGUCGGGCACCAGCAACAACAGUCGUUUGUGAUGAUGAGGUUGAGGACGAUGGCUCUCAGCUAAAGGCUGAAGAGAAAGAUAAGAAGUGGCAUAAACCGCUUGUGUAUCCCCGCUUUGGCAAGAAAAAAGCUGAGGUCGAUGCCCAAGACCGUGAACGGCUACGUGAUAACGAGUUCUUGAAUGAUAACCUCAUAGGCUUCUAUAUACGUUUUCUCGAGGAUCAUUUAGAGCGGACUAACAACGAGGUAGCGAAGAGAGUCUAUUUCUUCAACUCGUACUUCUUCGCAACCCUGACAAACGUCAAGGGCAGAAGAAAUAUUAAUUAUGAAGGUGUCCAAAAGUGGACUCGCGCGGUUGACAUUUUCGCAUUCGAUUACAUCGUGGUUCCUAUCAAUGAAAACGCUCACUGGUACGUCGCUAUCAUUUGCAACUUGCCGAACUUACCUGGUAUUGCCGACAAAAACACGGAGAACCGACAACCAUCUGAAUGUGACAAAGACAGUUCGGCUGCACCGGAGAGUGAAGGCCGCGAAAUCCCCGAAACGCCUGAACCCAUUGAGGAGCUACCUGCUGGUAAACCAGUGAAAGCCAAUGACAACCGAAAUUCGGAACCUGCGAAAGACGAAGCAACCCGCCAGUCAUUUGAGACAAUGAGCUUGUCGGACAAGGAAGAACUUGAAGACCGUGCACCGGGCAUGCCCCCUACAGAGUGGCCAGAGCAAGAAGAGAACCUUAUCUUUUCUCCCGCCAAGUUCUCUAGCCCUGCAGCCAAAGUAGAGUCCACCGAAAAGGCUAGCGUGGUGGGAACUUCUGAACUAGCAGCGUCUCCCAAUAAGGGCUCGAAGAAGAAGAAGGCAAAGCCCAGCGGAAAGCCUGGAGGUGCUAAAUUCGAUAUCCGUCAAGCAACUAUAAUUACUUUUGACUCAUUAGAUCUGUCUCGCUCGCCCACCAUUAGUAAUCUCCGCGAUUAUCUUUACGAAGAGGCCAAAUCUAAGCGUGGCAUUGAGAUCGACAGAAGCCUAAUCAGAGGCAUGAGGGCUCGUGCGAUCCCUUUGCAGUCUAACUAUUCAGACUGUGGUCUAUACCUUCUAGCAUACAUAGAGAAGUUUGUUCAGGACCCAGACUUGUUUGUCAGGAAGCUUCUCAGAAGAGAAAUGAAGACGCAAGAUGAUUGGCCGCUUCUAAAGUCCGGCAUCCUUCGACGUCGACUGCGUGACUUCCUGGACGACCUCUAUGAUGAGCAAGCGCUAUCAGGCUCUGAAAAAGCAAGUGAAAAGGGGGUUCUAGCAGAUAGAUAUCCGAUAUCGUACCUUCUAGGGUCCUCUGCAUCGACAUCCGCCCAAAACGAAGAAUGCAAUGACUCGCAGCAGCAGCAACUCAAGGUCUCCUCGAGUACUGAAAUAGAUGCACAAAAGCACCCGCUUAGGAAACGGAGACCAGCCUCGAACCGCUCAAGUCCCGCGACUUCCGACGGUAACCAAAAUCUCAAAACGGAGAGGGAUGGUACGCAUCAAAUAGCGCCCAGUCUUAAGAACCCCGUCGUGGAAAUUACUGUUCCAAAUGUAUCAGACAAAAUAGACGAUAAAGUUGUCGAGGUCCAGGUCCCUAACAGUCAGGAGCAAGCUCAGGAAGCCAGCUCUUGUCCAUCGAAGAUACUUGAAAAAGACAAGUCUCCAAGCGACCAAGCAGCGAUGAAGCCGGUAGAUCACGAAGUGUGUCCGGUCGAAAAUAAAGAAACGAAAAAGCCUAAGCAGCCAGCGAAGCUUCCGACAGUCGAAGUGCAGAUUAUACCGCCGUCUUAUCAAGACAGCAUAAAGAAUCAGCACUCUACCAAGCAGAAACCCAAAUAG